AGGCAGAUGAUACCACACGUUUCCACCAUGUAGACGCAGACUGACAGAUGGACUCAGCUUCACAUUCACACUUGAAUCCAGCAUGCUCUGACUGCACACACCGGCUGACGUGUUCGGAGAUAAACAAAAACACUAACGCAGAAAAUGGCUGCCGCAGGUAUCCUCUUCACUUUGUGGAUGGCCACAGUCUUUCCCACUGGACUCGGAUGCCCUGCGCUCUGUUCCUGCACAGAUAAAUAUGGCCGCCACUUUGCUGAAUGCUCCUACAAAGACUUAGCUGAGGUACCGGACAGUUUGCCUGCUAAUGUGACGACUGUGAGUCUGUCCGCUAACAAGAUCAGUGUGAUACCGUUGGGGAGCUUUGACAAUGUCACUCGGGUGACGUCGCUGUGGAUGGCCCACAAUGAGAUCAUCACAAUCGAAGAAGGGACUCUCACGCCUUUGGUUCAUCUGCGUAACUUUGACAUCAGCCACAAUAGAAUCGUAGACUUCCCUUGGGAGGAUCUGCAGAACCUCACAGGCCUGCAUCUGCUGAAGAUGAACCACAACGAGAUGGUCCACCUGCCGAGGGACGCCUUCUACAACCUCAAAGACCUGAAGUCACUCCGACUCAACAAUAACAAUUUCAUUAAGAUAAUUGAUGGGACGUUCGAUGGUUUGGUGUCUUUGUCCUACUUGCAGGUUUAUAAAAAUCCUUUUGCAUGCACCUGCUCCCUCGACUGGCUCAGAGACUGGAUUUCAAAGACCAUGAUCACGGUCCCAGAGCAGAAUUUAAUCACUUGUGCAACUCCACCCAAACUUAGAGGAGAACUGAUUGGAAAGUUGCCUGAGUCAAAGUGCGCAAGCCCGAAUGUGACAAUACAAAUCAAGCCAAAUGUUCACAACAUGACUUUCCACGAGGGCGGUGUGUUGGUCUUGACUUGUGAAUUCGCAGGAAAUCCAAAACCUCUGGUCAUGUGGAAUAUCCAAAGCAAAAGCCAGAGGCAAGAGCUGGUGUUGUCCUUCACUGAGGAUGACUCAGCAGAAUCGAAAGAGGACUCCAUGCUGUCCUAUAAUCCUUUCAAAGUCUUUAACAAUGGCACUCUUAUAAUUUCACACCUCCGGAAAGAAGAUGGUGGCAACUACAGCUGCUCGGCCACAAAUGAGUUUGGAAGAAGUGAGGUUUCGGUGUCAGUGGGCGUGGUGGCUUUACCUAAACCAACACCAAGAAAACCAAUUACCACAACGCCUGUUUUUACUAAAACGCACCCAUCGAUACGCCAAACAACAGGCAAACCAUUGUUUUUGGAUUCUGUGCAUCACUUUGAUAUCAAGAGAAAAGACUUCAUUAAAGUAGUACCUACUUUCCCUCCCACUGUGGAGAUCAAGUCUUCUGAGGAGUCAAAAACAUCCCCAUCACAUGCUAGUAAAUGUGGCUUGACUGCUAACACGAGAUACAUUUCUAGUCAUGUCUUUAAUGAGAGCGUGGAAGAUUUCAAGCAGUACACAUUUGACUUUGGAGUCAUUGCAUUAGGAGUGUCAGAAACAGAGGCAACAGUGCGACUCAAUCCUCUUCUCAUACCGAGAGACAGUGGCAUCAACCAAGCCCCAAAAACGUCUAAUGAGAGCUUCCACAAUGACAGUGAAAAGCAUCACAGCCUUUCUGCUGUCGGUAAAAACUCAAAUGGCUUGUAUCUGUGCGUUGCUGCUGAUCUCAGACACUCGGCCGUGCAGUGGUCAAGAAUCAAAGAUGGCGUCAACACGUAUAUGUUUAGUGGUUUACGUCCCGACACCAACUACUCCCUGUGUCUGACGUACAGAGGGGAGGACUGUGAGGUCCAGGUUCUGUUCAGCACCAGGAGGAGGGUACCUAACCUGCUCAUCAUCAUCUCCGUCAGCAUCUGCCUCCUGACCGUGUCCACCGUGCCUCUCCUUGGUGCAACGUGCUUCCACCUGGUGUACAAAUACCGCAGCAAGACCUACAAGCUGAUCCUGAAGGCCAAAGAUCAGUACCACAUGGAGAGGAACCUCGCCCCUAACUUCAGGGGACCUCACACCGAGUCCCGGAGGAAGAUUAAUGGAAGCCAGCUGGACGAGGAGGAGGGGGACACGGAGAGCAGAGACGGGGACAAAGAGGCGGAUACAGAAGAAAGUGUGAUGACUGAGUCCUUUUCUCUGUCUCAGUGCAGGGGGAAUUUAGACAACUGUGAGGUUGGGUCUGAGUUUAGUGAUAGGUUACCUUUGGGAGCUGAAGCAGUACAUAUUACAAGCAACUACACUUAUCCAAACCAGUAAUUGUUAUUAUGUUAUUGAAUUAUUUUGCCUUUGGGUAAAAAGCAUUUUUAGUAUUAGUUUGUGCCAAAGGUUUUAGUUAGCUUUAACCUUGCAAAGGCAGCACAGACAUAUUGUCUGAAAAGACUCAGAUAAAUGUACUUGUUUUACUUGCAGAGCUGCAUCAAUUAGUCACUACAGAGGCUUCCAGAUUCAAGGCUCUAUCUAAUAAAGGAUUAUCUUAUUUUACGUUAUCUUGUCCGGGGAUUUUUUCCAGACAAACAUUUUAGUAAAAGCUGAACUACAUACUGGCCCAUAUUUUUUGUAGCUGGAAAUAUCACAUCUUUUUGUCCUAUUCUUUCAAAAUAGGCAACCUAUUUCAUCUCCCAUGAAGUGCGUCUGGAUCCAGAUCUUUGCCAAAAUACAAAUAGUGAUAGACAAUCAUUGGAGGCAUGAACAAGAUAUGUUGUGUUUAAAGAAUUACAAUGGUAAGAAAACCUGAAUCUUUUAGUACAACUAUCUUUUAGUCUACCUAUACCAAAUAUCUGUAUAAUCUGUUUGGAUUUCCACUUGAUAAU